GUUCGACCAAUUUCGAAUUUUUCGAAAAUCUAAGAUCGAAGAAGAAGAAAAAAAAGUGUCAUCUGAUGAAUUUGUUUUGAUUUUUCUCGGGAGUGUGUAAAUAAAAUGUGUGAAAUCAUGGCUGAAAACAAACGAAAUCAAAAAUAUGAAUCAUCCGAUAUAUUCAUCAGUAAGCUGCUAAACGCCUUGGAGAAUGAUGAUGUUCUAUGGAACAUUAGGAAUCCUCUAUAUUCCAAUAGGGAUGUACGCCCAAAGAAAAUGCAGAAGCUUGCCCAAUCCCUUCAAACAUCACCUACAGUUAUCAAAAAUAAAAUAAAAUACCUUAAGGCAAAAUAUGCCGAGGAGAAAGCUUUUAUUUAUGGAAAGAAAAGCGGGUCUGCAGGAGGAGAGCCCGAAAAAGUGAAAUGGAAAUGGUUCGAGAGCUGCAAGUUCUUCGAUCCCGGAAUAUGCAUCAAUAAAUCUGCAGUGCAGUCCACUUUCCCACGGAAGAGAAGCCAAAAUGAAAGACAAAGUGAUGAAGCUCCUGAUUUUCCUGAGAAAAAGAAGAAAAAAGUUUCAAUUUCAAAAAAUGCGGUGAAAAAUAACAUUUUGGAGAAAUUUCUAACUCAAAACUUUAAAAACAGAGAUGUUCAAUACCUUGAGGAAGAUGAGGAUGAAGUGAUUCCGUAUUUAUUCAGUCAAAGUCAAAACAUAUCAUCCCCAAAGGAAAGUUUCUCUGCAAUGGAGUUUCAAGGAGUUUACUCCGGUAUUAACACACCACCUCAAAAUGCUCAGAAUGAUGUUGCAAGUCCACGAAGUGCUCUCUCAGAGAGAUCCAAAUCACCACAGAAUACUCAAGAUUCUGAUGAAAUUUUCGGAGGUACCUUAUCAGGAAGAUGGAAACGCCCAGUGCAUGAUCCACGAACUCAAGAAAGUCCCGAAGGUACCUUAUCAGGAAGAUGGAAACGCCCAGUGCAUGAUCCACGAACUCAAGAAAGUCCCGAAGGUACCUUAUCAGGAAGAUGGAAACGCCCAGUGCAUGAUCCACGAACUCAAGAAAGUCCCGAAGGUACCUUAUCAGGAAGAUGGAAACGCCCAGUGCAUGAUCCACGAACUCAAGAAAGUCCCGAAGGUACCUUUUCAGGAAGAUGGAAACGCCCAGUGCAUGAUCCACGAACUCAAGAAAGUCCCGAAGGUACCUUAUCAGGAAGAUGGAAACGCCCAGUGCAUGAUCCACGAACUCAAGAAAGAGAGCGAUUAUCACUAAUUGAAUCUUUAGCAUCUAUCUUGAAGAUCCAUUUGACAGCAUCGAAUAUGACAUCUGAUGAUUUGAUAACAUUUCACUCUGAUUUAAUUACUUUCAUUAAAUCAUAUAAGAAUUGA